AUGGCUAUUUCGUCAUUGAGCGUAUAUGGUAUUAUUAUAGCAGGCUGGGCAAGUAAUUCACAAUAUGCUUUCUUAGGUGCUAUUCGUUCAUCAGCACAGAUGAUUUCUUAUGAAGUAUCAAUGGGACUCGUGAUUAUUACUGUACUUAUUACUACUGGUACUCUUAAUUUAUCAGAAAUUGUAGAAGCACAGCGAAAUAUGAAAUGGUGGAUAAAUUUAUUAUUAUUACCUAUGGGAGUAAUAUUUUUUAUAUCAGUAUUGGCAGAAACCAAUAGAUUACCUUUUGACCUGCCUGAAGCUGAAUCAGAACUUGUAGCUGGCUAUCAUGUAGAAUAUUCAUCAAUGACUUUUGCUCUAUUUUUCCUAGGGGAAUAUGCUAAUAUGAUAUUGAGUAAGAUCCAUGCUAGAUUUAAAGGAGAACAUGCUUUAAGACGUUAUGAAAAUGGAGAAGAACGUUGCAUUGCUUGUAAAUUAUGUGAGGCUAUUUGCCCUGCACAAGCUAUUAUUAUUGAAUCUGAAGAAAGAGAAGAUGGAAGUAGAAGAACUACCAGAUAUGAUAUUGAUAUGACUAAAUGUAUUUACUGUGGACUUUGCCAAGAAGCAUGUCCCGUUGAUGCUAUAGUAGAAGGACCAAAUUUUGAAUUUGCAACUAUUACGCAUGGGGAAUUAAUAUAUAAUAAAGAAAAAUUACUAAAAAAUGACUUCAUAUUACCAUUUCAAAUAUCAGGUCUCAUUUUAUUUGUAUCCAUGAUAUCAUGUAUUACUUUAACUAUUAGGCAUCGAACAGGAGUAAAGAGACAAAAUAUUAUUAAACAAAAUGCCAAAAAUAGAGAUAAUGCUAUAUUAAUAGUCAACCCUAAUAUUCGUGAAGGAGUAAAAGAGAUUAAAUAUGAUUAG